ACACAAUUCAAAUGAGAAAAACAAAAAGCACAUAACUUUUAUGAACUAGGUUUCUAAAGUUCAAUUUCUUUCAUAACUAUCAAGCGCAAUCCUUCUUAUAAACAAUUCAUUCUAUAAUUAUAUUCCCCAGUCUUAUAUUAUUUUAGUUUACAGGGAGGAAAGUCCACCUAACCUACCAAAAAUAACAAAUAACAAAACAGAAAAGAAGAAUGGGAGAAUGAAAGGGAAGUGGUGCUCUUAGGUGCCAAAAUUCUGCUUCAAAAGGACAGAGUUGGAGCUAUACUUGCAAUUCUUUUCAAGGCUUUUUCUAUAUGCUCUCUCAUAUUACAGCUGCUUUGCCUUUUUAUUUAAUUUUAUGAAACAGUUGAAAUAGUUGCAAAUGCAUAAGUCAACUUCUGCGAGCUGCUGCAAAGACUUGGUUAUUUGCUUGAAAUACCAUUAUCAGCUGACAAGAUUGAGAUGGGCUCUGGAGAAGAGCGCCCUCACUGGAGCAUCUUUGAUAAUGUUAAGACUAUUCCUGCUACACCUGAAGCACUGAUGGCUCAGAUAAACUCUGCCAUUUCUAAGCUUGAGUAUGCUCAUGCUGCAGUCUCAUGUACCCCAAUCCCCAAGAACAAAAAUUCAUCAAGAAGUUCUAAUCCAGCAUACGAUCCUCAAGGGGCAGAUGAAGCUUAUAGGGCAGGUUUAGCUGCCAUGGCUGCUGGGAAGCCUGAAAAAGCUGUUGAUUCUUUGAAUGUUGCCCUUUCAAAAUGCCCCCCUGACAAGACUUCUGCUGUUGCUAAGAUUCAAUCGCUUAUCUCUGUUGUAUCCAAACCUCACAAGUCUUCCAAAUGAUCUAUUGCCAUCUUCUUGAUUUUUCUCUUUGCUAGGUGUUUCUCCUUCAUUGCUUCUAAUGGUGAUGCUUAUGCACAUAAUUCUCUACAAAAGCUGCCUUACUUUUUCGCGGAAUGUCCAAUUUUGUUGUUAUUUAGAGAGCUUCCAUUUUGGCGCAAUGAUUCUGUUAAUAUGUUUCAUAAAAAGACCAACUUCAUACUGA